GCCUACCUGUGAGUGACCCUGUUCAUGGUUUUGGAUUUCUCCCUGUUUGCCUUGGACUGGAUUCCGGACUCUGCCUGUUGGAUUGACCCACUGGUGCCCCUGCCUUUCUCUGUCAGCCUGGGCAUGAUCUUGGACUGUCUCAGGAUUGCCACUCCACUGACUAACCGCUUCAGGGAGAUCCAAACCGAGAGCAGAUAAGAUCCUAACUUGUUUUACCAGAAGCCCACUCCGCCUUUCACAUCAGGAAGUUUUCCAGACGCAUGGAGUAUAAAAAGGCAACGUUCUGUUUGCACUUUACUUACAUCCACCUUCUGGGACAAUGUUCUGCUCCAGGCUCACCGUUGCAUCGUUGGUGGCAGCAACCUGUUUGCUCGUGGGUUCAGGAUUAUGCCGAGCCAACACCUUCUCACCUGCCAACGCCCUUUCCACAAAGAGAGCGAUCACCUGUGAGGACCCAGACAAUGUCCACCACCUGAGCUGUGAAACCGGAGUGAUCAUAGUGGAGUCGGUUCUGUACGGACGUCUGAAUCGUGAGACCUGCAGUGAAGGCAGACCACAAAACCAGCUAAGAGACACAUUCUGCUUUCAGCGUGGAGCGCUGGAAACCCUGAAAACAAAAUGUAAUGGCAGGAAGGUGUGUGAAGUAAAUGUCAAACUCUUUCGUACAUCUGAUCCAUGUUAUGGAACCUACAAAUACGUUGACACCACCUACUCAUGCUUUCCUGCAGUUCAUACUGUGGCCUGUGAAUUCUCUGAGGCAAAUCUUCAGUGUGAUGAGGGACGAGUCAUAUCUGUAAUUGGGGCUUAUUAUGGACGAACCGACCCGACCACGUGUUCUUUCCAGCGUCCUUCUUCUCAGGUCCGAAAUGUAAACUGCGUGAGACCCUCGAUGGAAGUCGCUGCCAGCUGCAAUGGGAGAACCAGCUGCUCCGUCAAAGUGGUCAACUCCUUGUUUGGAGAUCCUUGCUAUGGCACGUACAAGUACCUGGAGGUGGCCCACACAUGUGAAUCGCAGGAGAACUCAGGAGGCAGCCUGGGAGCGCCAGAGGGCUCAGGGGGAGACUUGAGAACGCUGGGGAACCCAGGAGACUUGAGGACGAUACUGGACAGCGCCGGCUUGAGGCCAGGAGGGAGCUGUGGUGUGAAAGGCAACGUUCUGUUUGCGCUUUACUUACAUCCACCUUCUGGGACAAUGUUCUGCUCCAGGCUCACCGUUGCAUCGUUGGUGGCAGCAACCUGUUUGCUCGUGGGUUCAGGAUUAUGCCGAGCCAACACUCUGUCAUCUCCCAACGCCCUUUCCACAAAGAGAGCGAUCACCUGUGAUGAUUCACACAAUGUCCAGCGCCUGAGCUGUGAAACCGGAGUGAUCAUAGUGGAGUCGGUUCUGUACGGACGUCUGAAUCGUGAGACCUGCAGUGAAGGAAGACCGGAAAACCAGCUAAGCAACACAUCCUGCUCUCAGCAGGGAGCGCUGGAAACCCUCAAAGCAAUAUGCAAUGGCAGGAAGGUGUGUGAAGUAAAUGCCAAGCUCUUUCGUACAUCUGAUCCAUGUUAUGGAAUCUACAAAUACGUUGACACCACCUACUCAUGCUUUCCUGCAGUUCAUACUGUGGCCUGUGAAUUCUCUGAGGCAAAUCUUCAGUGUGAUGAGGGACGAGUCAUAUCUGUAAUUGGGGCUUAUUAUGGACGAACCGACCCGACCACGUGCUCUUUCCAGCGUCCUUCUUCUCAGGUCCAAAAUGCUGACUGCUUGAGACCCUCGAUGGAAGUCGCUACCAGCUGCAAUGGGAGAACCAGCUGCUCCGUCAAAGUGGUCAACUCCUUGUUUGGAGAUCCCUGCUAUGGCACGUACAAGUACCUGGAGGUGGCCCACACAUGUGAAUACACAACAUAUGGACUUGGCCACUGAUGUGAGAAAACAUUGCAGAACUUCACAGAUAAUCCGAAACACAUCAGACGCAGAUAAAAUCCAAACGAUGGUAACAUCUGGAUGUUGGACUCCUGCUGUUGGAUCUUGUCGUACUUUGCUUGUCUACAGAGGACUGCAGUGUGUUCCGAUAUUCACCCACAGUUUAAACAGACCUGAUGUCACUGGUUUGAUAUCAUCAAUUAAUUGUAAAUCUUGAUGUUCUGCAGUUUUCUUAAGACACAUUAUUAAACUUGCUUUAGCAUCUUG